UUUCAUGAUCUGUCGUUUUUGUUGGAGUUUCUUUCAAUUUUGAUUACUCACUUCGCCUUUUCGUGUUUUAUUAAGAAUUAUUUAAAACUAAAAUAAAUUUAAAUUACUAAACAGUAAGUUAUUCCAUCAUCUAAACCUAAAGAUGUUCCUGACUCGUUCGGAAUAUGACCGUGGUGUCAACACAUUCAGUCCUGAAGGUAGACUUUUCCAAGUGGAAUAUGCUAUUGAAGCAAUCAAACUUGGCUCCACGGCGAUUGGAAUUUGUACGUCGGAAGGCGUAGUGUUGGCUGUCGAAAAAAGAAUUACUUCACCUCUUAUGGAGCCGACUACCAUAGAAAAGAUCGUAGAAGUAGAUCGCCAUAUCGCGUGCGCUGUGUCUGGAUUGAUGGCGGAUUCGAGGACUCUUGUUGAGCGUGCCCGUGUAGAAUGUCAGAACCACUGGUUUGUGUACAAUGAGCGCAUGAGUGUGGAGUCUUGUGCUCAGGCUGUGUCUAACCUGGCCAUACAGUUUGGUGAUAGUGAUGAUGAUAGCGGCACCGCUAUGUCCAGACCAUUUGGUGUUGCUGUUAUGUUUGCAGGUAUUGAUGAAAAAGGACCUCAGCUGUUCCACAUGGACCCUAGUGGUACAUUUGUGCAAUAUGAUGCUAAAGCUAUAGGCUCCGGAAGUGAAGGGGCACAGCAGAGCUUAAAGGAAAUCUAUCACAAAUCAAUGACCUUGAAAGAGGCCAUCAAGUCUGCAUUGACUAUACUGAAGCAGGUUAUGGAGGAGAAGUUGUCAGAGAACAAUGUAGAAGUGGUGACAAUGACUCCCGGAGCAAUGUUCCACAUGUUCACCCGGGAACAGCUGUCUGAGCUGAUAAUGGCCAUUCCGGAGCUGCAAUGGAGUGAGUCGAGCUCGAGAAACACAAUACAGAAUCUCUCCAAGCUGAGACUCGAGAGACAGACUUGUUGAAUUAAAUUGAUACUAAUUAAAUGUUAUUCUA